UAUAAAAGAAAGACGUUGGACAUCACCAGAGCCAAGAAGACUCAGUCAGGGUAGACUUCAGCUAAACGGAGAUGGCGGUUGGAAAUGAGAACAUGGAGGUUGCGGCGGUGGCGGUACCGAUGGAUAAAGGUGGCGAGAUAGUGAAGCCACGUACUGACAAGAGAGAGUACCGGAGGAUUGUUCUCAAGAACUCUCUCGAGGUGUUGUUAAUCAGCGAUCCAGAGACUGACAAGUGUGCUGCUUCGAUGAACGUUAGUGUUGGAUCGUUCUCGGAUCCAGAAGGAUUGAAUGGGCUUGCUCAUUUUCUUGAGCAUAUGCUGUUUUAUGCAAGUGAGAAGUACCCAGAGGAAGAUAGUUACUCCAAGUACAUCACUGAGCAUGGAGGGAGUACAAAUGCUUAUACAUCCAUUGAAGACACAAAUUAUCAUUUUGAUAUCAACAGAGACUCUUUUGAUGAGGCUUUGGACAGGUUUGCACAGUUCUUUAUUAAACCAUUGAUGUCAGCUGAUGCCACCAUGAGGGAGAUCAAGGCUGUUGACUCUGAGAAUCAGAAAAACUUGUUGUCUGACUCUUGGCGAAUGCGUCAGUUACAGAAACAUCUAAGUAGAGAAGACCAUCCAUAUCACAAAUUUAGCACAGGGAACAUGGAUACUCUUCAUGUACAACCCGAAGCAAAAGGAAUAGAUACAAGGAGCGAACUUAUUAAAUUCUAUGAUAAGCACUACUCUGCCAAUAUCAUGCAUUUGGUUGUUUAUGGCAAGGAAAGCCUUGACAAAACUCAAUGUCUAGUGGAAGGGAUGUUCCAGGAAAUUCGAAACACCAACAAGAGUGUCCCUACAUUUCCUGGUCAGCCAUGUACUCCGGACCAUUUGCAGGUUCUUGUGAAGGCUCUACCUAUAAAGCAGGGUCACAAGCUUACUGUUUCGUGGCCUGUAACACCUAGCAUCCAUCAUUAUGAAGAAGCACCAUGCACGUACCUUGGUCAUCUAAUUGGUCAUGAAAGCGAAGGAAGUUUGUUUCAUGCGUUAAAAACCUUGGGUUGGGCAACGAGACUGUAUGCUGGUGAAGGAGACUGGACUAUGGAGUAUGCUUUCUUCAAUGUUUCAGUUGAUCUUACUGAUGCUGGCCAUGAGCAUCUGCAAGAUAUUAUAGGGUUGUUGUUCAGACACAUUAAACUCUUACAACAGUCUGGUGUUUCUCAGUGGAUUUUUGAUGAGCUCUCAGCUAUCUGUGAGGCAGAGUUUCAUUAUCAAGCUAAAAUAGAUCCAAUCUCUUAUGUUGUGGAUAUUUCAUCAAACAUGACGAUAUACCCAACCAAGCAUUGGCUCGUUGGAUCAUCCUUACCUUCGAAAUUUAAUCCAGCCAUUGUACAAAAGAUUCUAAACGAGCUUUCUCCUAGCAAUGUCAGAAUCUUUUGGAAAUCAAAUAAGUUUGAAGGACAAACUGACAAGGUUGAGCCAUGGUACAACACUGCUUAUUCUUUUGAGAAUAUAACUGAAAGCACUAUUCAGGAGUGGAUGCAGUCUGCACCUGAUGUAAAUUUGCUUCUACCAACACCUAAUCUCUUCAUUCCUACAGAUUUUUCAUUGAAGGAUGUUAAUGAUAAGGAAACCUUUCCUGUUUUGUUGAGAAAGACACCAUUCUCAAGAUUGUGGUACAAACCUGAUACAAAGUUCUUCAAACCAAAGGCGUAUGUUAAGAUAGAUUUCAACUGCCCCCUUGCAGCCACUUCUCCUGAUGCUGCAGUUCUUUCCAAUUCUUUUGUAUGGUUGCUUGUGGACUACUUGAAUGAAUAUGCUUACUACGCUCAAACUGCUGGUCUUGACUAUGGAUUAAGCCUUUCGGACAAUGGUUUUGAGCUCUAUCUUGUUGGCUUUAAUCACAAACUGAGGAUCUUGCUGGAAGCUGUCAUGCAAAAGAUAGCAAAAUUUGAAGUUAAACCUGACAGGUUUUCUGUUGUCAAGGAAACGAUCACCAAGGCGUACCAAAACUACAAGUUCCAACAACCAUAUCAACAAGCACUGAGUUACUGCUCAAUGGUUUUACAAGAUAACACUUGGCCUUGGACAGAGGAACUAGAUGCUCUUUCUCAUCUAGAAGCUGAAGACUUGGUGAGUUUCGUUCCGAUGAUGUUAUCAAGAACCUUUGUUGAGUGCUACAUAGCAGGAAACGUUGAGAAGAAUGAAGCGGAGUCAAUGGUGAAGCAUAUUGAAGAUGUUCUUUUUAACGAGCCAAAACCUAUUGCUCGUCCGUUAUUUCCAUCACAGUUCCAGACAAGUAGGGUUGUAGAGCUGGGAGCAGGAAUGAAAUACUUUUACCAUCAAGAAGGAUCAAACCCCAGCGAUGAAAACUCUGCUCUAGUGCAUUACAUUCAGGUUCAUCAAGAUGAAUUUGCUAUGAAUACUAAACUUCAGCUCUUCGCUCUCAUUGCAAAGCAGCCCACUUUCCACCAGCUUAGAACAGUGGAGCAACUUGGUUACAUCACUUCACUUUCUCGGAGCAACUACUCUGGUGUUUAUGGUGUACAGUUUAUUAUCCAGUCUUCAGUUAAGGGUCCUGGACAUAUUGAUUCAAGGGUUGAGUCACUACUCAAGGAUCUUGAGAGUAAGAUUUACAAGAUGAGUGAUGAGGAAUUCAAGAGCAAUGUAACAGCUUUGAUAGACAUGAAGCUUGAGAAACACAAGAACUUGUCGGAGGAAUCCUACUUUUACUGGGAAGAAAUUCAAAACGGGACAUUCAAAUUCAACCGCAUAGAUGCAGAGGUGGCUGCACUGAGAGAGCUAAAGAAGGAAGAACUGAUAGGUUUCUUCGAUGAAUACAUAAAGGUUGACUCACCAAAGAAGAAAUCUCUGAGCAUAUGCGUUUAUGGAAGCCAGCAUUUGAAGGAAAUGGCGUCUGACAAAGACCAAGUUGCAUCACACUUCACAGAGAUCGAAGACAUUGUCGGUUUCCGAAAGUCUCAACCUCUUUAUGGGUCGUUGAAAGGAUGGAACCAGCUGAAACUGUGAAGAGGCUCCAAGCUCUUUGCAAGGAUAUGCAUGAACAAACACAGAGUAUACCAAAGCGAUAUUUGCUCAUAUUGUGAAUCUUUAUUCAUCUGUUAUCAUUUAUCAUUGAAAAACAGGAAUGACUUAUUUGUGUUGUGGUUUAUUGAUAUACAAUUAUUUGGUUGGA